GGAACUUCAAACUUCAAGCUGACAUAAUAGAUUAAGGAUAAUACUAGGUACCUCCCAGAUAUGUACAAUGUAUUACAUACCUACCCAGGUAGGUACGCCAGCCGCAUCACAUAUGAAAGUUUUCAUUUAAUAUUUCUUUUUAAUUGCUACUCCUGACCUUUUCAUUAUCGUAUCUUGAUGACUCAUUUAUCUACCUAGGCAUCUACCUCGUACUAUCAUAUGAUCCAAUGCCCGCCCAGAAGAGAAUGCUAUCAUUUCUUCCGUAUAUUCCAGUGUGAGAUUACGUGUGGCAUCCACUUGUAUAUAUGCCUAGACAUUAUCAUGAUACGGCGGGCUCCACUAAGUCCGAGCGACCCAGUCUGGUUGAUCCCGCCGACCUGUUCCCCGGCCCGAGUCGGCGGACGUAUCCAUUUGUCAGCCGCAAUUUGUCAGCCGCAAUAAAAUAGGCAUAAUCAAGCUGAGUAUACAGGAGUCGUUAGCAAGCAUGUUGCCUAUCCAAGUGCCUACCUCUUAAGCACAUAAUAAGGAGGCAGGCAGGUUUGUAUAUAGGUAUGUAUACAUACACCACCAAGAAAAUCGGAAAUGCCUAUAUAUCUCCUCAUUGGUAUAACACAAUUCAAUAACAUUCGAAGUCUCUAUACUAUAUUCUUUUAACCUCAAAAUGUCAAAGAUCCUCGCCGUUUUUGGCGCUACCGGCCAGCAAGGUAGCUCCGUUGUCAACUACGUCCUAAACGACCCGGAGCUCUCCAAGGUAUACAAGAUACGCGCCAUAACCCGCGAUGUUGACUCGCAAAAGGUCCAGAAACUAAAGGGGAAAGCCGAAAUUGUCUACGGUGACGUGCACGACCGAGCCUCUCUUGAGACAGCUUUGACUGGUGUUCACACCGUCUUCGCCAUGACUGUACCAUCGUGGGGCCCGGGUGCCGUGGAGGCGGAGUACAACAGCGGCAAGACGAUUGCCGACGUGGCCGUCGAAAAAGGCAUCAAGUACAUCAUUUUCAGCACUUUGCCAUCUGUCACGGAGAUAUCCGGCGGCAAGUUCACCAGCAUGACCCCCUUUGACGCCAAGGCCAAGAUCGAGAAGUAUAUCCGUAGUCUCCCCGUCAAGAGCGCCUUCUACGCCCCGGGAGGUUUCAUGGAAAACUUCCAGGCCAUGCCCUUCAUGACUCCGCAGAAGACAGCCGACGGCACCUGGGCCAUCACGCGCCACAUCUCCCCGAAGACCAAGAUCCCGCUCGUCGACGCCAUUGGGGACACGGGCAAGUUCAUCGGCGCCAUCCUGGCCGCGCCCGACAAGUACGCGGGCAAGACGUUCUACGCGGGCAUCAUGUACAGCCAGGAGGAGAUCGCCUCGGCCAUCGCCAAGGCCACGGGGAAGACGGUGGUGUACAAGCAGGUGUCGCCCGAGGAGCUGAGAAAGACGCUCCCAGCAGUGAUGGCGGACAACUUCCUCGAGGCGUUCGGCUUCCAGGAGGAGUUCGGCGGCUUCGGUCCCGAGUCCGAGGAGAAGGCUGCCUGGAGCACGGCGAAUGCCCGAGGCAGACUUACCACGCUGGAGGAGUAUCUAGAGGCCCACCCUCCGCAGCUCACGUGAAAAAUGUUUAUUGGGAUGGGGUAUUUCAGGGGUCAGAUCAAGUUUUUGAGGCGAGGGAAAGGGGUGGAAGUUCUGGCUGAUACAUAUGUACAGGAGCCAAGAAGAGUAAAUACAUGUAGACAUCUCCUUUCUGGUUGUAUGAUGUAAGAUUAAGGGUGUUUCUUGUAUAUUAUGUAGCUUGACGAUACAAUAUACCUACAUCCUGUUUAGGUAGGAUAGCCUAGAAAUCAUUUAUCAAGAGGCUGAAAAAAAUAUCACGCACGAACUUCCAAGGUCAGGUUAGAUUUUUGGCUGAUCACUUGUCCUCAGGUGAGGCGGUUUCGUGGGUCUCAUCGUGUAACCCGUGGCUUCGGUUCCGUGCGUGCGUGCGUGGGCUGGCUGGCUGCUGGGAGGGACGCUGACGCCAUGUACCUACUUCAGAUGAAAAGCCAAUGCAGCCCGGCAUGCAAGGGGCUGACGCGUUCGUUCAGGCCUGGGUCAAGUAUGUAGAUAAUCAAGCAAGUGGGUAGGUAGGUAGGUAGGUAGGUAGGUAGGUACAAUACCCGUUUCUGCCUCAGUGUAUUCAUCUUUUUUCCCUGUUACCUAUUUCUUACCUGCACGCAGCGCGAUAGGUACC